AUGAACGUGACUAUUCGAUACCCAACUAGUUGGGGUCAACAAAAAACCGAGCUAGUUCGAUUAGAAAGUAAAGUGUUGAGCAUAGAUGAGUUUUAAAAAAUAAUUUAGAAUGCUACUCUGAUCAGAAAGAACGACUAAAUAAUAAAAUAUAUAAAAUUUGGCAAACUAAUAAAGCUCUCUGAAAUGAGCCAGCAAAUCGACUUCACUGAGAUUUUUGAAAAUGAGUCUCCCAUUUUUUAGAUUUACACGAAGAAUGUUUCAGAUAUACACAAGAGAUAUUAUAAAAAGCUACAAAAAAUAUAAUUGUAGAAGCAAAAAUAUACAUGUGGUGAAGAACAUAAUAUAGCCAGCCGUAGCAAAACUAGUAACAUUCUUUAGCUUUAAAGACUACAUGAUUCAAAUCUUGAUCUAGGAGAGACUUUAGAUUAAGGUGGGGGAGCUUUAUGCGAUAAUUAUGUUUAAAGUAAAAAUAAUCAACUCAAUUCAAGAAGCAGAGAUUAUGAUAUAUUUAGAUUAAAUAGUUUGUCUGAAGGACCCCUUUCCACUUAUGAUAGUCCAACAAAAGAUUUUUUAGAUUAUAGCUCAGCCAAAAACGAUGUAAUAAGCAAUAACAUAUAAACAUCAGUCAAUUCAACUGACAGAAGCUCUGUAGUGACUCUAACAAAUAAAUUGGCUUCAAACUACUUUGAAAAUACUCAAGAAUCAUAUUCAAAUAGCAAUUCAGUUAGAUAACUAAGUAAAGAAGAAGUUAAUCUGCUCUAAGAAAGUUUUCUUUAAGAAAUACCUGAAAAACCAGCUCUGAUCAGAGGAAGAGUUCAUAGAUAGGUUUUUUCUUUUAUCAUGAGAGAAAGAUGCUUAGAAAUUAAUCCAGAGAUAUGCUCUUUGAUCUUUUACGAAAAAGAAAAAGAUAUUCCUAAGAAACCAAAAGAUAUAUAUCCAAUUAAAGAUAUAGAAGCUAUUUAGGAGGUUACACCCACUCUUUUUAUGAAUAAAAGCUAUUUUUAUAUAAAAAUCUCCUAUGUUUCUGAAAUUAUCAUUGGUUUUAAAUACAAGAGCACUUAGACACUUUGGCUACAUCAUCUUCAAAAAGCUAUGGAGUAUUGCAAAUAUGUUGAAAGAAAAAUCUCAGAUUAUGUGCAUUAAAAUAACUACAAAAAACUGCAGAGAAGUAUUUUGCUAACAAGCAUGAUUGAAGAUCCCGAUUAGAUAUUCUUUUUAGAGGAUAAAAAAAGAAUUACAGAUAAUCCUCCAAUUUAAAACAAAUACUCACCGAUUUUACAACCUAUCUCAUUCAAUAACUAAAUAAAUUAAAACCCAAAGCUUGCUAAUAAAGAAACAACUACAACAGUUUUUUCGGAGAUGCAAAAUACUUAAAAAUAGAUAGACAUUUUUAAACUUGAUUAUAUUGAAGAGUCAAAAAAUGAAGAUUUAAUUUCAAACAAAUCUAAAAAGUCUUACCUAAAUCCUUAAUACUUUAAUGACUCUGAAAAAAUACACUUAAGCAGUUUUGAUAUUCUUGAUAUUAUUGGCAGUGGAGCUUUUGGGAGAGUAUUUUUAGCAUAAAAAAAGAAUCAUUAAAAUAUGUUUUAUGCAAUAAAGUCUCUAAAAAAGAACCAACUGCUCAAUAAGAACUAUUUAAAAUAUGCACAAACUGAGCUAAAUAUAUUGAAGAAAUGCAGAAAUCCUUUUAUAAUUAAUCUUUAUGCCAGCUUUCAAACUUAGAAUUACAUUUACAUGGCUUUAGAGUACUGUUCUGGCGGAGAUCUCGGUUUAAUUUUGGCAUAAAAAAAUGGUAUGAAGGAAAAAACUAUAAAAUUUAUCAUAGCUUAAGUCAUUUUAGCUAUAGAAUAUCUUCAUAAUAUGAAUGUAGUAUAUCGUGAUUUAAAGCCAGAAAAUAUACUCUUAGACUAAGACGGCUAUAUAAAAUUAGCAGAUUUCGGCUUAAGUAGAGAAAAUGUAAAGGAAAAUGAAAUAUGUAAAUCAUUCUGUGGUUCACCUGCCUACAUAUCUCCAGAACAGUUGCUUAAGAUAGGAGCAACAAAAAAGACAGACAUCUACGGUAUAGGGUGCAUAAUGUAUGAAAUGUAUUAAGGAAAUCCUCCAUUCUAUCACUAAGAUCUAUCAGCAUUGUUUGAAAACAUUAAAAGCUAACCAGUAUAAUUUAAUGAAAAUUUCUCUCCUUAAUGCAAAGACUUGUUAGAAAAAAUGCUACACAAAUAAUAUGAUAUGAGACCAACUAUAACUGAAGUAAAGUCUCAUCCUUAUUUUAAAAAAAUGGAUUGGAAUUCUCUUUACUAAAGAAUGACAACUGUUCCUGAAGAAAUUCUAGAAUGCAUAGACAUUCAUGGCUCAGCAUAAAAUAAUUACAACUACCAAAAUGCAACCAUUUUCAAAGACGCUGAGUAUGACUUAAACUAACCAAACUAGAAAAAAAAGAUUGAAAAUUGGAGUUUUGUUCAAAAAAAUGUCAACGAAUGA